AUGGUUCUCCAAAACCGUACUCAAACAUCUUCUUAUUCAACAGAACAAGUUACAAAUUGGCUCGAAAGCCUAAACCUUCCUCAAACCUUCCAUCGAUAUACACAAUGCCCCGAAAAAUUUCCCAAAACAGCCGAAUCGCUACGUAUCCUUAUGAGAUGUCAAAUCACCACAUUCCCUUACGAGAACCUUUCUGUGCACUAUUCCCCCACGCAUCUCGUGGAUAUAUGUCCAGAGGCCCUAUACGAAAAGAUGAUGGGCCCAGAUAACCGAAAGCGCGGUGGCUAUUGCAUGGAAUUGAGCAUAUUCUUCCACCACAUGUUACGUGGAUUAGGGUUCUUCGUUUACAUGACGGGUGUCCGGAACCGAGCGAGAACUAACGGAAUUCCCAGUGGAGAGUAUCAAGGAUGGACCCAUAUAGUAAACAUCGUGCACCUCCCAUUAGGCGAGAAAUUCGCACUCGAUGUCGCCUUCGGAGGAGAUGGACCCAUAACCCCCCUUCUUCUGGAAGGUUCAAGAACCGCUGUUCCCAACAUCGGCCCUCAGCAGGUCCGUCUCAUCCAAGAUACAAUCCCCAAACAGCAACUCGAGACAACAAAACUCUGGAUAUAUCAAUAUCGCAAUGGGCCCGAUAGGGAAUGGAACUCAUUCUAUAGUUUCGCAGAGCUCGAGUUCUUCCAAGAGGACUUUGAAGUAAUGAAUUGGUUUGCUAGUGCGAGGACCUUGCACAGGUGGACGGUUUUGGUGGUGCGAUUUCUAAGAGAAGCGGACUGUUCAUUGUUUAGUGAGAGAGGGGAAUGGGGGCUUUCUACAGCGGAUGUCGGGAUUGUUGGGAAGGUUAUGCUUGUUAAUGAUGUGGUUAAGGUUAACUUAGGCGGGAAGACCGAGAUUGUUCGCUCUUUUGAUUCCGAGAAGGGACGAUUGCAAGCUUUGAAGGAGUAUUUUGGCAUUGAAUUGACAAGUGACCAACAGCAGGGUAUUCUAGGGUGGGAUAUGAGGUUGACUAAUUAG